GUUGUAUUCUAGUUGGGUGCUGACUACGACGACGCCGUGUUCAUUCGCUGUCAAUAAUUCAAUGCGUAUGGCUGCAGCCGACUCGCAGUGCUAGGACUCGCCUAAGGCCUAUCGUACGUGUGCAUAAUAUCAACGGUACCAUCGAAGUGCGCACGCUAAAAAACGGUUAAUUAUAAGUUAGGUGCCUAUACCUGUAUAAAUAUAUAGUAUAACCCGCGAGGCCACAAUUUUGCCACAACCUAAUCACAGUCCAAACUAUCAUAAUACAUUGUAAUAUAAUAUUCUAACCACAGUAAUUUAUUGACGGCAGACUGUGGAUACCUACGUACAUUGGUAUAUUAUCUUAAGCUUGUACACAGCGCCCGCUCCGUUGGAUUCUCUCGACGGUGCCGCUGAACCGGUCCACCAGGCCACGACGCAGACCGAGCGAGACAUUUAUUAUAAAUGUCUGAUGUAACAAAGACGACGAUUCCGGUGCUGUUGCAAGUGACCACGGUCGAAGAAGAGCUGCAGCUCCUGAACGUGGAAUCUGCGGACAGUGUUCGUCGAUUGGAGGAUGAUAGUCUGACAGAGGUUGUGAUUUCUGACAGUAAUCUUGAACCUUACAGUAUUGUGUCUAAUAAAUUCACUCACGAAUACCCUCUGUCUGCACCAACGAAUAAUUCCAUACCUGGUACAGAAACUAACGAAAUUAUGGCCAACUAUGCAGAUAUUGUAGAGAAAGCUAGAACAGCUUUCAACAGUAACCAAACAAAAUCGUUACAUCUCAGAAAACAUCACCUUAGGCAACUUCUCAAGCUUUUAAAUGAUAAUUCCUCAGAUUUACAAAUAGCCCUAGCUUCUGAUCUAAGAAAAAGCAAGCAAGAAGCAGUAUUGUUUGAAAUUGAAUAUUUAAAAAAUGAUAUCAUCAAUGCUCUAGGGUCACUAGAGUCCUGGAUGAAAACAGAAAGGCCUGAUAAACCAUUGAUUAAUAUAAUGGAUGAUGUAUUAAUACAUAAAGAUCCAUACGGAGUUGUAUUAGUAAUGGGAGCUUGGAAUUAUCCAUUACAGCUAACUUUGUUACCCGUAGUUGGUGCAAUAGCUGCUGGGAAUAGUGUUGUUAUUAAGCCUUCUGAAAUAGCUCCAGCUACUGCAAAACUCAUUGCGGAACUAGUACCAAAAUAUCUCAACAGAGAUGCUUUUCCAGUUAUUUUAGGAGGUGUGGAAGAAACAACUCAGUUACUUAAACAAAGAUUUGAUUAUAUUUUCUAUACAGGAUCAACAUCUGUAGGGAAAAUAGUUAGAGCUGCUGCAAAUGAAUACUUGACACCUGUUACGUUAGAAUUAGGCGGUAAAAGCCCCUUAUAUAUAGAUGGAACUGUGAAUAUGGAUAUUGCUGUUAAGCGUAUAAUUUGGGGAAAAUGCAUUAAUGCUGGACAAACGUGUAUAGCGCCAGACUAUGUUUUGUGUACACGUCAAGUUCAAAAUACAUUUGUGGAGAAAGCUAAACAACUAUUAAAAGCCUGGUAUACUGACGAUCCAAAAAAUUCUCCAGAUUUGUGCAGAAUAGUUUCUGAAAAACAUUUCGUGAGAUUAUUAGACUUGAUGACUAACAGCGGAUCAAUUGCAGUUGGUGGUAGACACGAUAAAAAAGAUCUGUAUAUUGAACCAACAAUAUUGACUGAUGUGAAACAUACAGAUCCCAUAAUGAAAGAAGAAAUUUUUGGUCCAAUUUUACCGAUUCUAACUGUAGAUAAUGCUUAUGAUGCUAUAAAUUAUAUUAACAGCAGGAGUAAACCAUUAACGUUAUAUGUAUUCUCUUCCGACCAAGAAAUGCAGAAUUUAUUUAUGAGACAAACUUCUAGUGGAUCAUUUUGUGUAAAUGACACCGUUAGUCAUUAUGCCGUUGAAAAUCUACCAUUUGGAGGAGUUGGUCUUAGUGGAAUGGGAGCUUACCAUGGAAAACAUACAUUUGAUACAUUCACGCAUCGAAAAAGCUGUUUGGUCAAAGAUUUUAACAUCAUAGGAGAAUCAUUUUCUUCAGCAAAAUAUCCACCAUACUCUGACAAGAAACUAAGCAUGGUGUCUUUUUUGAUGAAGAAAAAACCAAGCAUUAAUUUCAAAUUUCUGCCAUAUUUGUUUGUAUUUGGUCUUGGGGUUUGUGCAACCUUUGCAUUCAAGUAUUUAAAUAAGGUACAUUCAAGGUCUAAUUUUCGCUUUUAAUUGAAUCACAUCACAAAGUUCAUAUUAUAACAUAACAUUUAUUACCUCUAUCAAGAGUUGUAACAACAAAAAUAACACUACACAUUAAAAAAAUACCCAUACAUGUUUUUAUAUUUUCUGAAGAACUUAUACUUUUCCAUAAUCUAUUGUUUUUUUUUUUUUUUUACAGAUGUA